CCCGAGGUUCAGCGCCAGCUGGGCGAGGCGACGAUGCUGUACGCGUACCGCGACUUCCAAAAGGCGAUGGCGAUGCUGCUCGAGGUCGUGCGGCUCUGCCCGCGGCUGCCGCACCCGUACGAGACGCUCGGCCUGAUUUACGAGGAGGAGGGGCACAAGAAGAAGGCGCUGCAGCUCUACCUGAUGGCGGCCAACCUCUCGCGCCGCGACGCGGCGCAGUGGCGCCGGCUCGCCGUGCUCGCGACCGAGGUGGGCGAGGCGGAGCAGGCGCUCUUCUGCCUCGGCAAGACGCUGGCGCUUACGCCGGACGACGUCGACUCGCUGUGGGAGCAGGCGCGGCUGCACACGCAGCUGGGCCAGCACCGCAAGGCGGCCGCAGGCCUCGCCUCGCUCCUCCAGCACCGGCCACACGACGCGCAUGUCGUUCGGCAGCUCGCGAUCUCAUACACGGAGCUGGGCGCGGCGGACCGCGCGAUUGAGCUGCUCUCGCACGUC